AUGGAGGAGGUGAUGGAGGAGGUGAUGGAGGAGGUGAUGGAGGAGGUGAUGGAGGAGGUGAUGGAGGAGGUGAUGGAGGAGGUGAUGGAGGAGGUGAUGGAGGAGGUGAUGGAGGAGGUGAUGAGGAGUCCUCUGCACAGUCCUCUGCACAGUCCUCUGCACAGUCCUCUGCACAGUCCUCUGCACAGUCCUCUGCACAGUCCUCUGCACAGUCCUCUGCACAGUCCUCUGCACAGUCCUCUGCACAGUCCUCUGCACAGUCCUCUGCACAGUCCUCUGCACAGCCCUCUGCACAGUCCUCUGCACAGCCCUCUGCACAGCCCUCUGCACAGCCCUCUGCACAGCCCUCUGCACAGCCCUCUGCACAGCCCUCUGCACAGUCCUCUGCACAGCCCUCUGCACAGCCCUCUGCACAGCCCUCUGCACAGACCUCUGCACAGACCUCUACACAGUCCUCUGCACAGUCCUCUGCACAGUCCUCUGCACAGUCCUCUGCACAGUCCUCUGCACAGUCCUCUGCACAGUCCUCUGCACAGCCCUCUGCACAGCCCUCUGCACAGCCCUCUGCACAGCCCUCUGCACAGCCCUCUGCACAGUCCUCUGCACAGUCCUCUGCACAGUCCUCUGCACAGUCCUCUGCACAGUCCUCUGCACAGUCCUCUGCACAGCCCUCUGCACAGCCCUCUGCACAGCCCUCUGCACAGCCCUCUGCACAGCCCUCUGCACAGCCCUCUGCACAGUCCUCUGCACAGCCCUCUGCACAGCCCUCUGCACAGCCCUCUGCACAGCCCUCUGCACAGCCCUCUGCACAGCCCUCUGCACAGUCCUCUGCACAGCCCUCUGCACAGCCCUCUGCACAGCCCUCUGCACAGUCCUCUGCACAGUCCUCUGCACAGUCCUCUGCACAGCCCUCUGCACAGCCCUCUGCACAGCCCUCUGCACAGCCCUCUGCACAGCCCUCUGCACAGUCCUCUGCACAGCCCUCUGCACAGCCCUCUGCACAGCCCUCUGCACAGCCCUCUGCACAGUCCUCUGCACAGUCCUCUGCACAGUCCUCUGCACAGCCCUCUGCACAGCCCUCUGCACAGCCCUCUGCACAGACCUCUGCACAGACCCUCUGCACAGUCCUCUGCACAGUCCUCUGCACAGUCCUCUGCACAGUCCUCUGCACAGUCCUCUGCACAGUCCUCUGCACAGCCCUCUGCACAGCCCUCUGCACAGCCCUCUGCACAGCCCUCUGCACAGCCCUCUGCACAGCCCUCUGCACAGCCCUCUGCACAGCCCUCUGCACAGUCCUCUGCACAGUCCUCUGCACAGUCCUCUGCACAGUCCUCUGCACAGUCCUCUGCACAGACCUCUGCACAGUCCUCUGCACAGUCCUCUGCACAGCCCUCUGCACAGCCCUCUGCACAGCCCUCUGCACAGCCCUCUGCACAGUCCUCUGCACAGUCCUCUGCACAGUCCUCUGCACAGUCCUCUGCACAGUCCUCUGCACAGUCCUCUGCACAGUCCUCUGCACAACCUUAG